GAUUCUCUGCUGCUAUUCCUUCACACUCUUCCUGGUCUGAAGGAAGUAAAAGUUUGGCUAAACAACCUGAUUGAGAGCUGGGCGGCUGGUCUGUUGACCCUCUUCCUGUCUUGUUCCAGCUUACUUCACUUGCAACUGAAUACCAGUUUGUCUAUUGUUAGUGAUGUGGAGAGUCUGGGUAUAUUGAGAGAUGAUGGAGUGAGGCUCUCUGUCGGCUGUAACCAUCUGAAUUAUAUAGAUGACUUCUGUGAUAUCAACGCUUUUGAACCUCCAGUGCACAAAGUGCUUCCCUGUGUCUGCAUCACUUUGACAGAUGACUCUGAGAAUGCAAAUGCUGACUGGAGAAGAUUCUUUCAGGCCUACAACCAGCUGAAAGACUUGACUGAGUUUUCUUUAGAAUAUGAUGAGAGUGUGAGUGAUCUGCUCUCUGUCCUGCACUCAGUCUCUGGUUUGAAGGAAUUGGAUCUAUUCUCCCGAUUCAUUACUGUGGAUGGAGCGUCCAGAGUCCUGGACCUCAUUCAGACAAACACCAGUCUGACUUCAUUCAAUUUUGUGACAGUCGAGCGGCCUGAGAUAAGUAAGGCGAACUUCAAGAAGGACUACAGGAAUGAAUUCUUCAGGUCCCAAACCCAGAUGUCAGAUGACAGUGAUGAAGAUGGCAUAUCCUCACCUCUCAGUGACUGCAGCGAUGAAACCAACCAAAGUGAUUCUUAUGAACUGGACAGCGUGGAGCAUAUUGUCUGCUCAGAUCUCAGGAUGUGGAGGAGAUUAUCAGGGCAAUGCAGCUUGACUUUGAAGUGCAACAGCUCCAGUCCCAGGACAAAGUCACUGUUCUCAAGCAUAAAGCUCAACCUGUCUGAAAACCCAGAAAAAACUAGCAGUGACUGGAACAACUUUCUAAAAGCAUAUAUCAAAUGCAAAGGGAUCUCUAUAAUAAGUCCUACAUUAGACGAGAGUGUGGAUGCUCUGCUGAUGUCCCUGCACUCGGUGUCUGCUGUGAACGAGGUGCAAUUGACCACCGACAGCCUGACCGAGAACUUGGCUGCAAAGAUCCUCUCCAUGUGUCACACAUGUCCCAGUCUCCGUAACAUCUGUUUGCAGGUGGAGUACAGUAACAGUCACAGUGUGCUCAAUGUGUGUUCCUCUCUCAGCAUCACCAGAAACACAGACUCUACCUUGACAGUCGACAUUCAGUUGCCCCACGAUUGCUUUAGUGAAACAUCUCUAUCAUUCAUUUCAUUCAUAAUACCAUGUUCAGAGUUUCCUAAACUGGAUGGACGGGAACUCUUUGAAACUCUUGACAUCCUUAAAGGUUUAGAAGAAGGAUGUGAAGAUCAUGAAGAGCUCGUGGGUGAUUUGAUGUCCACCUUGCUCUCAGUUCCUGGUAUGCAGAAGGUCAGACUCAAGAUCAGCAGUCUAACAGAGAACUGGGUGAAGAGGUGUCUGUUCUUAACUGAAGUCUGUCCUAGUCUUCAGGAGAUCAGAUAUGACUGCAGAGAAAAUAGUGGCUUGUUGUUGGAGGAGGUAGAGAGGAUUCUGCAGAGCUCUCAGAUGGAUUCAGAUUGCAGGAUAAUUAUCACAGGGAUGAAGCGCAGUAAAGCCAUGAAUGUGUGCACUGAAAUCAUGGACAGAUCCAGAUCAUCAAAAGCCUGUGAUGAGAAAGUGAAAGUCACCUUUUUCAGGGACUCCCUCACAAGACGGUUCACAAUAGAUAACAUUGAGACAGAAGACACUAAUGACGACGAGCCUGAAGACCCUGAGGAUAUAGACUUUUUCUUUAUUUAGAGAUGAAACGCAGAAAAUGAAUUCAAUAUUAAGACUGUUUAGUAAAAAUACGUAGUUCCAUAUAUUAUUAUUCAUCUUAAUAUUUUGAGUUUGAUGUUAUAAGAUGAAAUU